AUGUCUGUUCCUACCCAGCCCGCAUUUAUCCACGUCGGAACCUGGGAUGAUGAGACGAGAAAGCAUCCGGCGAUGAAAUGGAUGGAAGACUAUACUCGCAACUUCAACAAGCGUGCAGAUUGGGGUAAGGAUGAAUGCGACUGGUUUUCUGCGGAUUUCACACUCGUCAAACCCGACGGCUCCUCCCACACCGGCAACGCCCAGGCCUUCAAAGAGUCCAAGAGCAUGUACCAAUUCUUCACCUCGGAAUCCCAUGAACCAUACCUGCUCGUCACAUGGGAGACCAAGGACGGGUGGAACAUGAUCGGGCAAGCCCAUCUUUUCGCCAAUCUCCCAGGGCAGGCGACGCCCCAGGAGAAGAAAGUGAAGGAUCUGCAGGGACGGGAGUGGGAUGUCAAAAUUCCAGGGGCAUUCGUCUUCCACUACGUGAGGCAGUCGGGGGCGGCCCACGAUGGAAUCGUGCUGAAGAGGACGGAGAUUAUGAGUGACAGUUUGCCGGCCGUGCAGAUGUUGAUGGCGAGAGGGGUGAUUAAGAAGUAG